AUGUACUUUCAUAAUGUCCUUAGUCCAUCUCACAUCCAAUAAGAAAACCACAAUAAAUUGCAUGUAAGUUCCGUAGAAGCAAAAAAGAGCAAUACUGAUAAACUGCAGAUAGGUAUCCCUGCAAAUGACCCUAUAAACUACUCACAUACACUAGCUGUGUCAAAGCAGCUAUAAACCCUUAACAUUAAGACCCCUUAGACGAAUUCAAUUUACUUCCCUGAGCUGGCUUAAGAAUAGCGCAAGUCUUAAAGUAUCCUGAAGCGUAGACCGUUCGACCUAGAGCGUAAAAUAAAAAUUAAAGAUCUCAAAAUUAUUUAAGACUCUAGUAAUAUCCUUAAAGUUGAGAUAAAAAAAGACUUAGAAAAUCUCAAUGAGAAAAAGAAUAAAGAAACUCCCAGUAACAUCUAAAACAUUAAUAAUAUUAAUAGUAAUUAUGGCAAUAAUAAUAAUAAUUUCUAGUUAUCCCUAUCAAAGUCGAGCAAGCAACUUCUCCCAUCAUUGGAUAUUAAAAAAGCUAAGCAAAAACCCAAAAAGGAGUCCUAGGUACAAUCAGAAUCUGAAGCCAAAUCUCCUUAGCCUGAAGAAUCAGAAAAGUAGAGCGCUAAAAACUUAUUAAGCCUUGCCUAUGCCUCAUAGAAGGGUUAAUCCUCAAUAAUUAACAAAGUAAAUUAAGACAGAUUGGUUAUCAGAAAGAAGCUAUGCGGCAUAGAUAAUUUGUACUUGAUAGCAGUAGCAGACGGGCAUGGGAUUAAUGGACACUUGGUGUCUAAGCAUAUUAAGAAGAUACUGGCUUAGGUUGUGGAAUUCGAAGAUAAGAGAUUAGUUUAGUAGAGAUUUUCUGAAAAAUUGCUUUCCAGCAUAUUUGGACUGGCUGAGGAAGAUAGGCAAGUGUUCUAGACACUGGUAAAGCAGCUUCUUUCCAAGGUGUUUAACAAUGUGAACAAGUAAAUUGAAAGUCAAAAGUCAUUUGAUAUUUAAAUGAGUGGGAGUACUCUAGUUGUCGCUAUUGUUAGUCCGUAAUUUAUAAUCACAGGCAAUUGUGGAGAUUCUCGAUGCAUAGUGAUAAACAUUGAUGGGUCAAUAGCAAUUUAGACAUCCGAUCACAAGCCAAACAGGCCCGAUGAAAAACAGAGAAUUGAGCAUCAGUAUAGAGGAAGAGUCCGUCGACAGGGAGAACUUAACCCUUUAUAUAGAGGUCAUACUGAUCUAAAUGAACAGCCAUACAGAGUCUGGGCUAAAGACUUAGACAUGCCUGGUCUAGCUAUGUCCAGGUCAAUAGGAGAUCAAAUGGCUAAGAACCUUGGAGUGAUAGCUGAACCUGAAGUACAAAUUUACGAGUACAGUCCAGAUUAGCAACCCUAUGCCAUAGCUUUGGCCUCAGAUGGUAUUUGGGAUGUGAUAGAAUCCAAAGACUUUUCUGAUAUGAUGCAUAAGAUUUAGAUUGAAGGUGCUGGCGAGUAAGAACCACAGUCGAAGUAAUCUGAGAUAGGAUGCAAAGACUACGUAAACUAAAUUGUAAAGAAUGCGCAUUAAAUGUGGGUUGAUGAGGGCUAGCCAUAGACACCUGCUGCCAAGAAAGUCACACCUGAAGUAGAUGACAUCACUCUUGUCUUAGGAAUAUUUAAAAGAAAUUUCCACAAUUAACAAUGA